CCCUGCUGGGUGCAGAUGCUGCUGAAGUGCAAACAGCAAACCUUCCAGCCACACUUGCUCUCUCUCUCUAUCUCUCUCGCUCGCUCUCUUUCGCUUUCUUUCUUGGCCAAGAAAUGUAGACGACACGGAAAGGAUCUGGUAAAGCAGACGUAGAUCGUAUCGCUGUAUGACUUUCCCACGACUAUGCGUUGUUUUGCAAGGAUUUUGCUAUUGUUGUUGUGCCUGCUUGUAAUCGGGGACUGUCGGAGACAGAAAAGCAGGAAAAAACGAUGGCCGACAGAGAAUCACACGUUGGGCACAGAUGAGUCAGAGAUAUGGGACUAUAGCAGACCGCCCCGGCAACACGGAAUCCGAGUAAACACUGAAAUCCCUCCUGUCUGCUUUGUCAGUCCAAAGUCAAAGAAAGCCGCAGAUGGAACCAAAACCAGGAGGGUGAAGAACGCCCACCUUCUCCAAAUCGACGAUCACGACUUCACCAUGAGACCCGCCUUUGCAGGUCCAGCCGUUCCUGUCGGCGUGGAUGUUCAGGUGGAGAGUUUGGACAGCAUAUCAGAAGUAGAUAUGGACUUCACUAUGACCCUGUAUCUGCGUCACUACUGGAAGGAUGAGAGGUUGGCCUUCCCCAGUUCCACCAACAAGAGCAUGACGUUUGACGGACGCCUGGUCAAGAAAAUCUGGGUGCCUGACGUGUUCUUUGUCCACUCCAAGAGAUCUUUCAUUCAUGACACCACCACUGAGAACAUCAUGCUGAGGGUCUUCCCUGAUGGUCACGUCCUCUACAGUCUGAGGGUUACAGUGACGGCCGCAUGCAACAUGGAUUUCAGUCGUUUUCCGUUGGAUUCCCAGACAUGCACCCUGGAGCUGGAGAGCUAUGCUUACACAGAUGAAGACCUGAUGCUGUACUGGAAAAGCGGCGACGAGUCCCUGAGUACCGACGACAGGAUUUCUCUGUCUCAGUUCCUCAUCCAGAAGUUUCACACAACAUCCAGAUUAGCGUUCUACAGCAGCACAGGCUGGUACAACCGCCUGUACAUCAACUUCACAUUGCGGCGUUACAUCUUCUUUUUCCUGCUGCAGACGUACUUCCCCGCCACGCUCAUGGUCAUGCUGUCCUGGGUGUCGUUCUGGAUCGACCGCAGGGCCGUCCCUGCUCGGGUGUCAUUAGGUAUAACCACGGUGCUGACCAUGUCCACCAUCAUCACUGGAGUCAAUGCGUCCAUGCCCAGGGUGUCCUACAUCAAAGCGGUGGACAUUUACCUCUGGGUCAGUUUUGUCUUUGUCUUCCUGUCCGUCCUUCAAUAUGCUGCCGUUAACUACCUGACAACCGUAAGAGACGGCAAGGACCGCAAGCUCCGGGAAUCGGCUCAAGAACAGACACUCCCCUGCACCUGCGGCAUGCCCCACGCAAAGACAAUGAUGAUGGAUGGGACAUAUAGCGACGCCAACAGCCUGGCAGGCUACACCAGGGCCUCCAUGGCGGUUGAGGACGCAGAAGACAAACACGAGCAGAUGAUGGUGCAUCUCUCCCUGGAUGAGUCCACGCUAAGCAAGCGAAAGAGCGUCCGCAGUUUCCGGAUAAUCCAAAACACCCACACCAUCGACACGUACUCUCGCAUCAUCUUCCCCGGCGCCUACACCCUAUUUAACCUCAUAUACUGGUGUGUGUACUGCUGAGAGACUGGAUCUUCCAUAUACGAUAUCUAGAGCAGAUAUUUGUUCCUAUUUACUGUACGACCGGUGACAAAAUAUGGAGUCGUCACUAAUAAUCGACUGGACUGUUUGUUGGAGUUUCUUGAAAAAAAAAUGAAUAAGAAAAAAUAAAAUUGCUUGUGGG